AUGGCCAGCCAAGAGGCUCAGGAGUCUGGGCACUUGGUGUCACACCCUCAGCCCAGGAGGAAUCAGGAUGACCAGCUCCUGGAUGAUGGCAAGACACUGGGCGAAUGUGGCUUCACCAGCCAAACAGCACGGCCACAGGCCCCUGCCACAGUAGGGCUGGCCUUCAGGGCAGAUGAUGCCUUUGAGGCCCUACGCAUUGAGCCCUUCUCCAGCCCACCAGAGCUACCCGAUGUGAUGAAACCCCAGGACUCAGGAAGCAGCGCCAAUGAACAGGCUGUACAGUGAAGGCCCCUGGCCUGCCCCCAAAAGGCUCAUUCCCUCCAAUAAAAGAGAUUUGGGUGUCUGCC